AUGGACAGCGUCACUUUCUGGGAUGAGAAGGGCCAUGGUGAAAUCUCCCAAAUUUUCGUUUCUCAUAAUGAAGAUUAUAUUAGUUGCAUUCAAUUUCAGUAUGUUGAAAAUGGCUCUUUGGUGCUUUCUCCUCCAUAUGGUGCACCUCACGGCCCCAAUUUUUACUCUUUUCAAAUCAAUUGCCCAUCAGAGUUCCUCGUAAAUGUGAGCGGUAAAUACACCAACAAUGGUGUCAGGUUAAUAACAUUUACUACCAACGAACGUAAGCAUGGGUCAUAUGGUAACGACGGACCUCCAUUUGGAACACAGUUACGUGAGUUCAACUUUGACAUGGGAAAGAGGAAGCAAUUUGGUGGGUUUCAUGGAUCAUUCACUACGCAAGGACUCAAGUCAAUUGGAGUAUAUGUCAAACCCACCACCACAACUGAGACUUCACCUGCUGAAAUCUCAAAUUCCGCAUCGGAUAUUCGCAAGACUGGGAAUUGA